GUUUGAGGAACCGUCUGCGAGCAACGAAUUUCUCCCGUUUCUUCCGACGUUGAAAGUGAUCGCGUGUGAUAUAACGCGCGUUCGUCUGACAAGACGAAGAGGAAAAAAAAUCACGACUAUUUCUCUCUCUUCUCCAUAUCGAAGCAUAAUUACUCUCUUGGAGAUUCCUUGGAUUGGUCGGAACGUGAAAUCGAUUUAUGAAACAUUGGUGUGAUUUCUGAAAGGCCGAAUAGUUUCGUAAAAUUUUGCUCCGACCGAAAGUUGCAUUUGUGCGUUUAGACCUUCGGACACCGGUUACGACGACUAGCAGUAGUCCGUAACCGGCAUGAGAAAAGGGAAAGAAAUAGUCUAGUUCGUGUCAAGCGGGGGUAGUCAUUAAAUCCAUAGUCGUGCUUAAAUUUCAAAUAUAAAGUGAUAUAAAAUAGUUCAAUCGUUGAGGAAAAGUUAAACAACAGCGCCAGCUAGUGAGUGUUACCAAAAAAUAGUAUAAUCAGUAAAAUAAGAUACACCCAACACGCACCCCAAAGGCAGCCAAAGCAAACAUGAAUGUCGAGAUCACACCAAACUACUCCUACAUCUUCGACUUUGAGAAUGAAUUCAUUCACCAGGAUACACGUGUCUGGAUGGUCAAGAACUGGACCUACGUGUUCUACUAUUGCGGAAUCUAUAUGGCUGUGAUUUUCGGAGGGCAACAUUUCAUGCAAAAUAGACCAAGAUUCGAACUACGAGGGUUGCUAGCAAUAUGGAAUACACUAUUAGCAAUGUUCAGCAUAAUGGGUGCCUGCCGGACAGCUCCCGAGCUUGUACAUGUGCUACGGCAUUACGGCCUCUUCCAUUCCGUGUGUGUGCCUAGCUUUAUCGAACAUGAUCGCGUCAGUGGUUUCUGGACGUGGCUGUUCGUACUAUCCAAACUUCCCGAGCUCGGUGAUACGGUGUUCAUCGUCCUGAGGAAGCAACCGCUAAUCUUCCUGCACUGGUACCACCACAUCACUGUCCUGAUGUACUCGUGGUUCUCGUACACCGAAUAUACCGCCUCCGCCCGUUGGUUCAUCGUGAUGAAUUACUGCGUCCAUUCGGUGAUGUAUUCGUACUAUGCGCUCCGGGCCUUGAAUUUCAAGCCUCCUCGUUCGAUUGCCAUGGUGAUAACGGCACUCCAGCUCACUCAGAUGGUUGUAGGAUGUGCGAUAAAUAUUUGGGCUCACGGAUUUCUGCAAACAGCCGGUAAGGGUAGCUGCAACAUCUCGGAGAUGAACAUCAAACUGUCGAUCGCUAUGUACGCUAGCUACUUUGUUCUGUUUGCUCGAUUCUUCUACAAGACCUACCUUUCGACGAACGCACGCAAAGGCAAACGAUCAGCAAAGACUAUUUCAGGCGGCAGCAGCAGUACUGUCGAGUAUACCAGCAAACUCAUCAGCGCGCCCAUCAGUGCCAACUUGUCAAAGACAGCACAAACCGACAAAGUCAAAGCACAGUAAGAAGUGUUCGGAUUGCACAUUCGCAAUGUUAUGCACACCACAAACGUGAAAGACACGUCAAAGAAAUCAAAUUUCGUAUGAAGGAACUCAGUUUUGCUGUUGCAGUCACCACCGUUGUCGUGGUUAUUCUGUUACCACUUGCGUAGACAAACCUUUCAGUUUAGGCAACACAAAAAUGGUGAAGCUGGUCCGGUAAACUUUUUCCUUUUUUCAAUUAUUAUUUUUAUUUUUGCUACCAAAAUUUACAACCGAACAAAAAACUACACAGCCAAUGAUCAAGACAAGUAGUAGCUGGUUAAACAUGAUCACAUCAGCGCUAUUAUUAGGAAGUGGAUUGAACGAAGGAAAUGUGGCUCUCAGAAUGAACAUACGGGAUGUAGGAGUAAUCCAGAAUAUAUUAUGUUAGGGUAAAAAUAGGCAUUUUUCAAUCAUGAGUGCGUAGUCAGGUGAACGAAGGAUUAGUACGUGAGAAACCAUAGAGCAGAGGAAAGUGGAAGUAAGACAUACGGGUGUUUAUAAAACCACUACCGAACAAUAUGUGUAGUGGUAGUCCCAGUUAGAGAUUAUGAUUUAUUGUCAAGAGCACUGAAAUAAGAGUUGGUAUAUUUUUUAUUCAUCUCUCGUAAUGAGAGUCAAGCAUGUAUAGAAUAAAUGUUCUUUGAAUGAAAGUUGUCGCUACAUCCUGACCCAUGUCAAGCAAAUAAUUUUUUUUUCUUAUAAGAUUCAUUUAAGUUUUUUAGCGUUUUUUUAGAGACAGAAAGACUUUGCUGCUUAGUCAGAGGACUCGCGCUUGUAGCAAACAGUGAACAUCUUCAACGGUGCUGUGCUUCAAUGGUAAGCUGCUCAAAUUUCUGUUGUUUAUCAGCGAAGGCACAACAUUCUAGAUUAACGCAACUUUUUUCAACAGAAAACAAAGGCUAGAAGUAGUUGAAAGUCUAGGGGCUAUACACUUUUGCUGAGCAAACGUGGGAAUAAAAGUUUUGCUAAUAUUUGUAAUAAACAGGAUAGUAUUUUUUGUCGAUUGGAAUUGCGGUUUGUACUCAUAUCUCGUCAGUUUUCAAUAGUUUCAAUAGGUAACAAACUUCGGUUAUGGAAAAUUUACCCCACCGGGGUCAAUAUCCUGAUAUAUUUAGUUAUGAGUUAUGAGCAAAUUCAAUACCUCCACCGGAUGAUUCAAUAUUCAUUCCAAAAUUAUUUUUAAAGUAUAAUGGAAAUAUUUUAAAUGGCUUCAUAUAAAUCACGAAAUUUCAUGCAAAAUUGAGAUUUUUUGUCACGGUAUCUUGCCUCUUGGUAUGACGUUAUGACAAAAUCUUCUUAAGAUUUCUGUUCGACUCUAGACAGUUAUUAUUAUCUGGUAGAAAUGGAGCUAGCAUCAUCGCGCAAGACGUUGAGCUUAGCUAAAGAAAUUUAGGUUUUGUUUGAGUAUUUAGUGAAAUCUUUGAACAAACUAGCUCGGGAAUUUUUGAAUUUUUCUUUUAAUUUUAAUUUACAAAAUACCAAUGUUUUUAAAGAUCCACAAAUAUUCGUGUCGUUUCAAGCCUUUUACUUAACUUAACAAAAGAUGUAAAAUUACCAUAUGAAGUUUUUUCUUGGUGUAGCCUUACAUCCAGGAAACUUCAUGUACCCGACCCCUGACCUAGGUUAGUAGUAAAUUAGUCGAACAGGUUCCGCCUUCUAAUGGGUCCUAUCUUCAUUAACAAUUUCACAAUUUGAAAUUGACCCUUUAAUUGUGUUUUGAAGAUCUUUUAUCUUUGAUUUGAUUUUAAAAUCUUCAAAAGGUCAACUUGAAAUUUGGACUCGAAUUUAAUUUGAUUUUCAUUCAAAAUUCUUUCAUUAUUGAAAUCUGAAAGCAAAAGAAAUAGGGUUUGUACCUCGACGAAAGACGAAGUGGUUAAAACCGAGAGUGAAUGAAUCACACAUGCAUAUAGGGUUUUUUGAAAGUACACAGUUGUAGUGUUGAUAUUUUUUCAACUUGGUAUUACACUUUUUUUAAUUUAAUUUGACCAUUUUGUAUACAAAGACUUCACAAAAGAUUCUAAAUGAAAAAUCACACAGUUGCAUGAAUUGUGUGCCAUUAUAUUGACACUGUUUACGACAAUUGAUUUGUAAGACCAUUGUCAUAUGCAUUGAAUCAUAAAUCCACGCGAGAAAAAAAAACAGACAUUAAAGUUAUUUCCAUUCGAAGUUUAUGUUCCGGAUAGUUGAGUCAUAGAACUGUUUCUUAUUCAAGUAAACUAUAACUUUAUAACUAUAGCACUGGUAGACGGAGCUAAAUCGGGCCGUUUUUAAGAAAUUGAAAAAAAUAUCCAUUACAAUUGGGUUUUUACCCAAGUCAUCCCUGUCGUUAUGUAGAUUCAACAUUCAACUACAAUUCCCAAUUUGUGAUUUGGAAAAAUAUGCAUUAGUUUUUGUAGCAAGUCGCGCAGAAGUGACCAACCUAAAAUCCAAAAAUUCUGGUCUGUCUAUCACUUGAAAGCGCGUUUACAAUGGCAAUUCAUGAAAUGAAAUAAUUGCAGGUUUAUAAGAUCUUUAGGCAGUCCGGUUUAAUUCCGUGUCCGGUCUAACCCCUAAAACUCCCUGUAUAGGCGCCUGGUUACUAGUAAAUUUUGCAAUUUUAGAUUUUUUUCCACAGAAAUUUCGUAAAGUUGAAAGGCAGGAACGAAUGUUCUAAUUUUCUGCAACAUUAUAGGUCAACCUUUUUUCUAAUAUUUUGCUAAUCGGGAAUAAUUUUCCGAUGAAUUCGACCUUGGGACGUCGCUCAAUAUUGCUGAAAUAUGACAAUUAAUAUGGAACAGUGUUUAUUAGAUACAUGAUAUCAGUGGGCAAAGAAUUGACAGCGAAAUCUAUUGAAACAAAAAAAUCAUAAACGAUUUGAAAUAUCUACGUUACUUUUAUAGUAUCUUCAGCAUUUCAUUUUUUUUUAUUUGCUAAACUCCAUAAAAAGUUUUGAAUUUUCUGAAAGUUAUGAAAACUGCACGCCCGUAAGUCCGGUGAAUGUAUGUAAAACUCACAUCAACCUUUCGAUUGUGCUUUAACAAAAACUUUGAAAUUUGUUGAGUCACGAACAAUAAAAUUUCCACGUGAUCUCUGCAGCGCUUAGUUUUGUUACUACUACAUGCUAUUUCAUGUAAAUAUCCUAGCCUGUUUCAUAAUUCUAGUAGACAUAGGAUCAUCCUAACCCGGUGUAACCAAUUGCUUGAAGGAAAAUGCUGAAAUUGAGUAGGAACCGAUCCCACAAAAUCAAAUUCUAAAUAAAAUAAAAUUAUGUUAAGCGAAUGUAUAAUACAAAUCCAUAGCUCAUCCCGUCCCGAUUAUGGAAGCUGUUUAAAAAAAUGCAACGUCAUUCGCCUUAAGAUAACGAGCAUUCAGGUAAAUUGGCGAAAGUUGCAAUGAAUGCAUUCGCAGCUAGUUGUAGUAAUAAAAAAUGCGUUUCACGUUUACCCCUUCAUAGCAGAUAAUUUAAAGUUGCGAAUUAAAAAGAAUCGAAGAACAGGUGCUGGGGAAAUACGGUUAUUUAACUUACUUUAAAAGAAGUGCUAAAGCAAUAAUCCAUUGUAAAUAUUGUGUAUUCUAUGCUUUCGCUAACAUUUUCGAGUUAUUCUAGUUUCUCUCAAUAUCCUAAUACGAACGCUACCUUAAAGUACAUUCCUUCGCGAUGUGUCAUUGAACUAAAAGGAUAUAAGGGUACCAAUGGCAGCAUUUAUACGAUAAACACAAACACAUAAAAUUGGGCGUUGAACAAUGGUAACGCAUCUACAUGACAAUUUUUGUUAGAGGUAACAACAAAUUGUUUGAACAAAUUACUAGGAGUGUGUUUUUUUUCGCAGGUUAUGUUUGAGGUGUGUAGCACAUAAGCUUCAAAACACACAAACUAUUUAUUAUUACAUACAAAACAAUUUCAUCAUACUUCGCUACAUUCGUAACUAUCACAACAAGGUGGUUGAUUGAUAAUAAUAUAACAAUGAAAUAGGAAGGAAAAUGUUAACAAAAUAUGGUUCAUUACUAGCAGUGGUAUAGAAUCCUACAUAUAGAUGGUAAAUACAACAAAGUGAAACAUAAAAAUGAGAUAGAAUUAGCAGCUAUAGCGAAAAAAAAUUGAAAAGUUCUAAACAUGGUUUGUAUAUUUUCAUUCAUUACUUAUGUGCGAUGCAACAAUGCUGGUAAGGAAAACAACAAAUUUACUGCAAACUAUUCGUUUUGUAUCAAAAUACAUUUACUGAAAAUGAGACAA